AUGUCGUUGACGAUUCCGAAAGCGCCCAAUGCGGGCCUGUUCAAGCAGGGCUAUCAAAGCCACGACUCUGAAGAUGGCGCCGUCAUUCGAAACAUCGAAGCAUGCAGAGCCAUUGCCCAGACCGUUCAGACCUCUCUCGGACCUCAUGGCCGGAAUAAGAUCGUUAUCAACCAUCUGCAGAAGAUGAUUCUCACAUCUGACGCCGCCACAAUCCUACGGGAGCUGGAUGUCGUUCAUCCUGCUGCCAAACUUCUGGUCAUGGCCAGUCAGCAGCAGGAAGCUGAGAUGGGAGAUGCUACAAAUAUGGUCAUUAUCCUCGCUGGAGAGCUUCUACGAAAGGCUGAGGAUCUCCUACGAAUGGGGUUGAAGACCAGUGAUAUCGUUCAGGGCUAUGAGAUUGCACAGGGAUUUGCUCUUAGCACUUUGGAUGAACUCGAGGUUGAUAGAUUAAAGGAAAUGCGCUCGUCGACUGAGCUUGGAAAGGCACUGAAGACGGUUAUCGGAAGCAAACAGUCUGGUUCUGAAGAGAUCCUUGCACCUCUCGUAGCAGAGGCUGUUCUAGCUGUUCUCCCAAAGAACCCCGCCAACUUCAACGUGGACAAUGUUCGUGUGGUUAAGAUUAUGGGCGGAAGCUUGGAACAAUCGCGCGUUGUUAAGGGUAUGGUCUUUGCCCGUGAACCAGAAGGCUCCAUUAAGAAGGCCAAAAAGGCCAAAGUUGGUGUUUUCAGCUGCCCACUUGAUAUCUCUCAAACCGAGACCAAAGGAACUGUACUCCUACACAACGCCAAGGAAAUGCUUGACUUUACGAAAGGCGAAGAAAGCCGUCUUGAAGCUACCGUCAAGGAGCUUUACGACUCGGGCCUCCGCGUUGUUGUUGCCGGCUCCACCGUCGGAGAGUUGGCCCUCCAUUACCUAAACCGAUACAAUAUUCUUGUUAUAAAGAUCAUGUCGAAAUUCGAAUUACGCAGAUUAUGCCGUGUCAUUGGAGCUACCCCUCUUGCCCGUCUUGGUGCCCCUAUGCCUGAUGAGAUGGGAAGUGUGGAUGUUGUUGAGACUAUGGAGAUUGGUGGUGAUCGAGUGACCAUCUUCCGACAAGAAGAUACUGGUUCCGUAAGCCGCACAUCUACCAUUCUCCUACGUGGAGCCACCCAGAACUACUUGGAAGAUGUUGAGCGCGCCAUUGAUGAUGGCGUGAAUGCUGUAAAGGCUGUGGCUAAGGAUCCACGAUUAGUGCCUGGAGCCGGUGCCACGGAGAUGCAGCUCAUCGAACGAAUCACUCAAUUUGCGGAUAGGACUCCUGGCCUUUCCCAACAUGCCAUUCGAAAGUACGCCGAAGCCUUUGAGGUAAUCCCACGAACACUCGCCGAAUCCGCCGGUCUCAAUGCCACCGAAGUCCUAUCAAGGCUGUACACGGCUCAUCAACAGGCAGCAAAGGAAGAGUCAGAGGAAGAGGAUGAUGAGGAUGAAGAUGAGGAGGAAAGCUCCGAAGAGGAAGAUCCCACCUGGACUACCGGUGUCGACGUCCUUGCCUCCACACCCUCUGGAACCAUUGACGCGGUAGAGGAGGAAAUUCUUGACCUCCUCGUUUCCAAAUCGUGGGCUAUCCGACUUGGAUCCGAGUCCGCACGAACAAUUCUCAGCGUUGACCAGAUUAUUGUUGCAAGACAAGCCGGUGGCCCCAAACCACCAGGCCAAAACCCAAACUGGGAUGAAGAUUAG